UGGAAGGAGGAGGGUGAGGCGGAGGAGCGCAAGAGGCAAGAGGUGCGCGAUGCGUUCGAGCGGGAACGCGCGGACGAAGAACGCCACCGGCUGGAGGUCGUGCGCAGGAGCCAGGGCGUGUACUGGACGGAGCCGCACGGGGACUGGCGCUGCCAUGCGUACGGGACCCGGAUCUACACUUCGUACCUCCGCGACAUCCCGGACGGCAUGAACUGGCUCGAGGUGUGCGACAACAUGCCGCCGGUCGUCAUCCAUGGCCGGGAAGUGAACAAGCCGUCGAAGUGCGAGCGCAACGGGGAGGUGACCGGUGUCUGGUACAUCGAUUUCGACGAACCUAGCUGCCAGCCCUACUGGGGUAACAUCGCUGACAAGGGCUGCAUCUCGGGGCAGACAGGAUACCAGCGUCUCGAAGCUCGCCUCGAUGGCAUGAGUAAAGGUGCAGACUGGAACAUGAUGUGCACGACGACGGCGGCCACGAUCCACGGCGUGCACUUCAAUCACCCUACCACUUGCGAGGACAGGGGCAAGUGGGGCAUGGUGGGUAUCUGGCACUACACCAACGUCAACUGCCUUUAG